AUGAACAAAAAAAUAAAAAUAACAGAUAAUCUAAAAAAACCAUUAAAUAAAGCUUUUUAUGGUACAGCCGGAUACAGAAGCAAUACAGACGAUCUUACAAAUAUAAUAUGCAGGGCUUCGUUCAUCGCAUAUUUAAGAUCGGCAUCUUUUGCAGGUAAACGUAUAGGGUUGAUGAUUACUGCUAGUCAUAAUCCUGUAAGCUACAAUGGAAUAAAAUUUAUUGAUCACAACGGAAACAUACUUGAUAAAUCUUGGGAAAAAUGUAGUGAUGAUUUAGUAAAUUGCGAAGACAAAGAUUUUCAUAAUAUGCUGAAUAAAAUUUUAAGAAAAAACAGUAAUAUUUGCGAUAUAAAUGACGGCAUUACGGGACAUGUUGUAAUCGGUAGAGAUACACGAAAAUCGGGGGAGGCCCUUGUAGAACAUAUUAAAUCUGUUUUAUUACAGGUUGACUGUAUUGUAGAAGACUAUGGCGAAGUAAGCACGCCACAAAUGCAUUUUUUAAUUCGCCAUUCAAAUAUGGCAAAUUGUUUAGUAGAUAAGAAAAUAUAUAUUCAACAUCUUGUUAGUAAUUUUCGUACAUUAAAAGAUUUGACACAGUGCGAUUUACCAGUUUUUGUAGAUACUGCUAAUGGUAUUAUUGAGAAAAAUAUAGUUGAUGAAUUUAAUAUAACUAUAAUUAACGAUAAAAAUGGUAUUAUAAACAAUGACUGUGGUGCAGAUUAUGUUAAAACUCAUAGCGCUCUUCCUCUAUUGCAAUAUAAUUUUAAAAAUAAUAAUGAUAGCACUUUAUUUGCUAGUUUUGAUGGCGAUGCCGAUCGACUUAUCCUUUUUACUCUUCAAAAUGGAUUUCUUAUGUUGGAUGGCGAUGCGCAAGCCGUAUUAAUUGCAAAUUAUUUUCACAGAGUAUUACAAAAAUUAGAAAUUGAUUUGCAAAUAGGUGUUAUUUUAUCUUUUUACACUAACAGUGGCUGUUUUAGUGCUUUAAAAAAUUUUAAAACUGAAAUGGUGCAGACAGGAGUUAAAAAUUUUGCUAAAGCUGCAAAAAAAUAUGAUAUUGGUAUUUAUUUUGAACCAAAUGGUCACGGGAGUGUAAUGUUUUCUAAUGUUGCCAUACAAGCAUUUACAUCAGAUAAAACAAAUGAACAUAAAAUUUUAGAAGUUUUGUCUAAGCUUUUUGAUCCCAAUAUUGGAGAUGCACUUGCUAAUCUUUUGAUCUUCAAAUGUAUAUUAAGUUCUACUGAUAAAUUAAAAGAAUACAAAGAGAAUGGAUCAAGAAACUUAGUUGUUAAAAUACAAAAUAAGAGGUCUAUUAUUACAAAUGAUAAAAACGAGGUAACAACACCAAAAGCUUUGCAAGAUAAAAUUAACGAAGAACUUACAAAAUUUGAAGGAAGAGCGUUUAUUCGACCAUCAGGGACAGAAGAUGUUGUACGAGUUUUUGCAGAAUGUGUAAAUCAACGAGAUGCUGAUGUAUUAGCUCUUAAAGUAGCUCAACUUGUCUAUGAUAUGUGCGAUGGUGUGGGCAAUCAUCCAGAAAUUGAUUAUUCUAAGAAAUAA